AUGGCACCCACCUUACCCCCCACGCCCCCACGCUCCGUAACUCGUAGCGGCACUAAAGCACAAACCGAACUCCCUGGUCACCUCACGCGUCUUUUCAACAUUCAAAUAGCGGUACAACAGGCCCUCUCUCAUGCGUUGGCAACUUGUGCUGUAGCCCCCACGUCGGACUCCGGGAUAGUCAAAAAUGUGCUCAACCACUUAUCACUGAAGACUUAUACUGGGCUCACGGCUUUCGAGAUUGACGAUCUCAAAAGACUCUGCUGGGUCUGGGGAUGGGAUGGGACGUCGCUCGAAUGUCUCAAGCAGAAACCCACGCCUGUGGAGGAGGAGGAAGACAAUCCUUUUUUGGAUCGAGUGCCGAUUUCAGGUGUUGAAUGGACGCGCGGGUCGAUGGGUUUCGUUCUGAGUCCUGCGACCCACUAUUCAAAGAGUGACAGAAAACGAGUUCCAGCAUAUGGGAUAGGUAUCGAAGUGGAAAUGGAUAUUGACAAGGACAUGGGAGGUGGUAUGGCAGCCGUUGCCCGCUGGACAGCCGCAAGCACCAAACGUCGAAUUGAAUUUCGUCGCAAGCUUGAGCAAUGGGCGACGCUUCAUGCCGAUGACCUCAGCGUUCCUCCAGUGCCACUUGUGGAACUUCCUGUGCUUGCCGUUACCCCCAAGGUCUCCUCCUUGACUCACGCCCUUGCGUCUUGUUCACCCAAGGCAUCAACUUCUCCUCAAAAGUUCCCAGCGCCACCCUCUUCUCCAUCCCGGUCGCCGAUGAAGAAGAGUGUUCGUGAUUUUGCGGUGCCCUUUCCCCUGGUGGCAUCGGGAACCUCUCCCACGAAAAAGACCACAUUAUUUCCACCGCAAACUCCUCGUCGUAAUCGUUCUAACCCGUCGUCCUCGUUGCUUACCCCACAAACACCUGUUGCAUUACUUUUAACUCCGUCCGAAGGUUCGAUGCCAUCUACUCCCGUCCACCAACGAGGAUCCAGUGCAGGAACUGCUCCUCAAACUCCUUCAACAUCUCGCAGACAGGCUUUGUAUGAGCGUGUUCGCCAGCGCUCUCUAACGGCGUCACCGACCAAGUCAUUGGGCAAUGAGGUUACACGAGGUACCCUUACGCGAGACCAAAUGUUAAAGAUGAACCAAGAAGAAAUGCGACGACGUUGUCUUCUUGGCCGACUUGGUGGAGUUGCUGACAGCGUUUGGAUGCUGUUUUCUAACCCAGUAACGGGAGCCUCUGGAACUCCAUCUGGAAGAAAAAGACGUGCGUUGCCGGCCACGGAGGUGGCGCUUGCCAUCAUCAAAUCUUCGCCCGUACCAAUCUCAACAGCUGAAGCCAAUGAAUCCCUGGCAAUCCUUACCGACCUCUGUCCUUUUUUUCUCAAGAAGCUUACUGUCGCUGGAGCCGAAUGGCUUGAAAUGCCAUCUUCAAUCAAUACAACGACUGCUGGAAGCGCGUCAAAUGAAGAAAGUCCGACUAAACGAGGACCUGCGGUUUCUGCAAGUCCUAAGCCAGUUAAGGGUAAGGAAGAAAGUGCCCAUGCACUUGUUACUCGGAGUCCCAGAAGUGUUAGAAGAGAAGCUGGUGGGUUGAGGGAAGUCAGGGAAAUUAUCCGAAGGGAGCUGGAACUCCAAAACUGA